UUUUUUUUAAGAGAAGCAUGGGGAGUUGCUAGAUGGAAAAUGGAGUCCUUAUUUCACGUCCUGGUUUUUACCUGUCUUGCUUUGACAAUCUCAGAAGGGUUUCUGAUUAUCCAUGUCCAGAAACAGCAGUGUCUUUCAGAAAAGAAAGGAGUCAUUAUGGAAAAGUGCAAUAUGACCCAUCUCAACCAGCAGUGGAGGUGGACAGCAGAUGACAGGCUCCUCCAUGUUAAAUCUGGCCAGUGCCUGAGCAUCUCUACACGCUCUGCCCUGUCAUCUCGCAGCAUCAUCGUUGAUUGCCCCAAGGCAGUCAGGUGGACUUGCCAAGAGGAGGACGGGCUCCUGAAGGUGGCCAACAGCUCGCUCUUUCUCACGAAGCAAGGUCAGAAGGUAAUGGCCAAGCAGAGUAAGAAAUACCUUCAUUCAUGGAUGCAGCUAGGAGCCAGCGAGACGGGAAAACUUGUCUAUGUAAAUCUGUGCUCCAAGCAAGAUCUUCAAGAUGCAGAAACUUCUGUGUGGAGUACGAUAAUUACAUCCUCCCCUUUUAAUGCUAUUACAUCUAGGCCUGAAAGUGUGCUUAAGAGUAGCACGCAGACAUUCAUCAGAAAUGUAACUGAACACUUCAGUAAAAAUGUCAUUGAAAAUCUCUAUUUUGACUUGAAAUCGGCAGUAACAGAGAAACCCUGGAUUCCAACAACUACUCUUCAAUACUCUAGCACUACGGAGGAGGUAAGGCAGAGGAAUUAUUGAUUGAUUUACAUUAAGCCUGCUCCACUCUGUGGAACCGGAUAGAUAUUACAGGUGGACGUUUGGUGGACUAAAAAAAGCUAGGGGAUUGAGCUUUGUUCUUUAUUUUAAUUAGAGACUUUGUUCAUUUUGAUAAUGCCCUUUGCUAAAACUGCAGCUGCAGAGAAAUUCUGCCUUUUCUCUACAGCACAAUCCCAGCAUGCACGAUGUGUUGUGAAAAAUCUCUGACCCAAAAGGGGAAAUGCUCAGGAUAUGUGAGGUGCAGUGGAAAG